AUGAGAACUCCACUCGUUUUUUCGCUAGCGUUUCUGGCAACUCUAAGCCCGGUGUCAGGCGAUACAAAAGUCAAGGGCAAGGCAUUUGAUCGCAUAGUCAUCAUCUGGCUUGAAAACACAGACUAUGAUCUCGCAGCCGGCGACCCAAACCUAGCAUGGCUCGCCAAAAAGGGCCUCAGCCUGACAAACUACUUCGCCGUCACGCAUCCUUCCAUGCCCAACUAUGCAGCCUCCAUAUCCGGCGACUACUACGGCAUCAACCACGAUGACAUGACCGCUAUUCCCUCCAAUGUCUCCACGCUGGUUGACUUGCUUGAAGACAAAGGCAUCAGCUGGGGCGAGUACCAGGAAGACAUGCCAUCUGUUGGUUUCCAAGGCAAAGCAUACCCGAACCCCAAGACAGGCGCGAACAUGUAUGUGAGAAAGCACAACCCAGCCGUCUUGUACGACUCGGUAGCGCAGAGCAAGGACCGGCUUGAAAAGAUCAAGCCCUUGACCAUGUUCAAAGACGACUUGGAGCAGGAAAAACUGCCACAGUGGAUGUUCAUCACGCCCAACAUGACCAGCGAUGGCCACGACUCGACCGUAACGGUAGCAGGAUCCUGGACGCGCAAGUUUGUCGAGCCCCUUUUGACCAACAAGAAGUUUAUGCAAAACACCCUUGUCAUGAUCACGUUUGAUGAAAACCACAGCUACGGCAAGCAGAACCGCAUCGUCGCCAUCCUGCUUGGCGACGCUCUCCCCGCAAACCUAGUCGGCGCAAGCGACGACACCUACUACAACCACUACAGCGAGCUCUCCACGGUGCAAGCCAACUGGGGCCUCCACACACUGGGCCGCUGGGACGUCGGCGCCAACGUCUUCAAGUUUGUUGCGGAGAAAACCGGCGACUGCGUGCGAGAAUGGACUGGAAAAGUUCCCCUGAGCAACAUGUACUUCAACGCGUCAUAUGCGGGUAAGCUGAGCCAGAAAAACACAUCGGUGCCCUGGCCGGUACCCAACACAAAUGCCGUUUAUGCAGGACGAAGUGUUCUCCCGGCAAUCAAGUCGACAUGGGGGAAGUUUGUCGAUCAGUCGGCCUACACGACUGCGCUUGAGAUUCCAGAUGGCAUGCAUCCCGAGGCUGAGUUCAAGUAA